CUUUGGAAAAGUACUUUCUUGUAAUCAAAGUCCACAACUGGCAUAAUUUGCUUAUAAAUAAUUAUUUCACAAGUGUAAAAUAAACUGCAGCGUAAACGAAAACGUGCUGGUUAGAAUUAUCAUUAUUUACAACUGACUCAUAAACUCUUGCCGCUUGGCCUCAGAAUGGUUUCCGGCACGUCUAUUGAGGCGAAUGUAAAUGCAAUGCUGCCCCCAAGCGGCUACAUUCGGCAUAACACCAAUGUGAACUAAUGAGCAUGUGCUUUUAAAGACUCAGUAUUCACAUAACCGGGUGUUUUAUACAGUAGUUUCUGUCCUGGGCCACUGAUUUUAAAAUAAUAAUAAUAAUCAUAAUUUUUUUUAAAGAACCUAGCCAUGACAAUACAUCUAUUUCAGCCUGUUAAUUAUUUAAUUCGUCCAAAGCAGACUCGCGAAUGAAUAAAAAUCAAUAUAUUUAACACAAGUCCAACAUGUCGAUACUACAGUUUAGGAACUGCUUUUCUACUUUCAGCAUUUCAUGAGGAUCUCUCACGGCGGCUUCAGGUCCGUUCCGAUAAACUGCCUGCAAAACACUGCUCCAGGUGAGGCUCGAACUCACAACCUCGGCAUCGCUCUGCUUCGUACUGUCUUAUAAGUACCGCGCGCUAACCGAUUGCGCCACUGGAGCUCGGAUACAGCUGCUCAGGAACACAGCUUACAAAGGUCAGGAACCAGACCCAGAGCUUCGUGGGUGGUGUCGAGUCGGAAUGCUGUACAACAUGACCAACAACAGCACUUGCAUGGAAGCUCAGAGCCUUGUUGCUUCUGCAUUAACCCCCAUGUUGAUCUUGGACUUAAUUUUGGGCGUGCCAGGAAACAUCCUAGCAUUAUGGCUCCUUGGCUUUAAGGCUCCCUGGAAUUCGGCCAAUAUUUGCCUCCUCAACUUGGCGUUUGCUGAUGUCCUGCUGCUUGUUGCCCUUCCCUUUCGCAUUGACAGUGUGCUCCGUGGGGGCUGGAUUUUUGGGGAUCCCUUUUGCCGCAUCAACUUCUUCAUGCUGUCAGUCAACCAGUCAGCAAGCAUUGCUUUCAUGACUGUUUUAGUAGUGGAUCGCUUCUACAAGAUAGUUCGGCCGCACCAUCCUGUUUGCCACAUGAAAAUUCAGAGUACAGUAAUGGUGGCCUGUGGAAUCUGGGUAAUUGUGGUGACUCUUCGCCUUCCUCUGCUCUUGACCCGACUACUGAGAUCAUCUGGAAACUCAUCUGUGUUACUUUGCCAAAAUAUUGACAUAUGGACAGACACUGGAGCAGGCAUGAGGGUUCAUAAUUCACUUCAUAUGAUUGAGUUUGCUAUAGCUUUCCUGUUAGUGGCCAUUUCUUCUGUGCGCAUCUGUUACCACAUACAUGGUAACAAGAGGCUCAGAGAGCAUCGAAGAGUGAAAAGGACCAUUUACGUACUUUUGACUGUUGUGAUCAUGUUCAGCUUUUGCUUCCUACCCAAUUACAUCACAGGCUUUGUGGCUUUCUUCCUCACAGAUGUCUCGUCUUGCUCCUCAUACAUAGUUGUGGGUCAGAUGUUUAAUGUUUCUUUGUGCCUUGUGUUUUUAAACAGUGCCCUGGACCCGAUUCUGUACAUUUUAUCAAACGCAUUCUACCGAGACAUUCUAAAAGGAGCAUCUAACUCCACAGGGCUCACCAAGCAUCGACUAAGUGUUAAGGAAACCAGAACUCCUCAACGAUUUUGAGAAAAACACUGUUACCAAGGAACAUUCCUACCCACAGGACUUCAUAUCACUUUAUCACCAGGACAGUCUCUUUAAGCCCAUUUUGCAUUGAAACCAAGGUGACACAUGCAGCAAGCUGCAGACACUUUGAAACGUUUUCCAAUUUUCACUGGGCUUGACUGACCUAAGUCAUGCUUUUCCACUCUAUAAGAAUAUAGUUUGUUAGCCCAAUAAGGUAGCGCUUUUACAAAGUUAUGACCAUAACAUACAGCCAAGGCCGCUGUAAUAGGUCUACAUGUUGUUAUAAAAUCUAUGUUCUGAGCUAGACUACAAAAUACAGCUUGAAAGCUGUAUUUGUGAAAGGUUACUACAUAUAGAUAAUUAGUGAUAAUUAAAAUCAUUGUUCUAGCAUAGCAUUUGUUAUCUUUUGAAGACAGAGACAGCACUACCUUGGGCAUUGUACACUGCUUGGAUUUAACACUCCCCUGCACACCAGGGGAAGGAUAAGCGGUAUAGAAAAUGGAUGGAUGGAUGGAUGGAUGCACACCAGGUUUAAUCAGAUUUUACCUUUAACCUUUUUGCCACUGAGCUUUUAGUGCAACCAUUGAGAUACACCUUUUAUUUCACUUCAUAUUUCAGGGCAAGAAGUGAUUCCCUUUGCAUGUUGGUUAAAUUACAACUGGUGCCACCAAUGCAAAAAAAAAAGUGCAGUUACCACAUGUGGUGUAACAGAAUUGUGUGAAAAAAUAAGUAAACCCCAUGGAAAUUGUUGGCUUUUUAAAAAAAAAUUAUAUUUGGACAAGAAAAUGUAACUUUUAUGGCAUUUGAUAGUGUAUUAAUAGGCACUGUUUCAAAGAGGAUCAAAUUUUCCUUGUCCAAAUAUGUAAAAAUAAAUAAAUAAAUAAAUUUCCAUGUGGUGUACUUAUUUUUUCACGAUUGCAUAUUUCACUGUCUAAUUUACUGUGGUUUUAUUUGUAUUCUUUAUUUAUCUAUGUUGAUAUUAUUUAGUAAAGAUGUCAUAAGAUGCUCACCUGAAAUUAUUCAUGUGUAAAUAUCUUUUUUGUAGUUUUUUUGUGUUUUGAAUAUAAGCUGAAUAUGUUUUGUGUGAACACGACUCUUUCUACUGUAAUACUAUAAUUUCCCUCAGGAUCGAAAGUUUCUAUGUAUAUACUUAUAGACUAAAUGUUAAGGAUUUACAUUCUCAUAUUUCUAUUGCAUCCAAGCUUAAACAAAAUAAUUGACUUUAUGCUUUCAGUUAGUCAGUGUAAAAUAUUUAUACAACCAGUUAUGAUACCUAAAAGACAGUGUGACUGUAAUGAUGCUAACAAAGAAGAAGAAGAAGAAAUGAAGAAAGACACUGUUAUCACAUUGAGAUAUUUGGAUUUG